AUGAGAGUCUUUGGUGUGCCAUUACUGUGCGGGGCUUUGUUCUCCUACUUUCGCACUGUGAAAUCAUCCCUCGUCACAUUUCCAUCUGCUGUCCUUCCACUGAGUAGUCUCUUCAAUAACCAAGCUGCUUCGCUAGAUGGCACCACUGGCAACUUUGACGGGUAUGGUGCUACAUAUGCAGCAGAGUAUUUACCUGAGGGCCCGUGGUUGUAUAAUGGAAUCUCGUAUGACCUGCCAUCGACUUGGGGACAGAGCCAAGACAAUGUCAUUGCUGAAGGACAAGUUGUGAAACUCUUGAACGCAACUUAUGUUCAUGAGUUGCACAUCGUAUAUGCAGGGGAUAGUUCGGGCGGAAUAGCUGGAACGUUCAGCCUGAACUACGCGGAUAACUCAGUUAAGUACUUGAAAUUCACCGGGAAAGGCUGGUGGAAAUGGGCUUCUCUCGAUUUUGCAGAAAUCCGAACACCAUAUCAUUUCGAAGAAUAUUCAUCCAGUAAGAACUGGAAUUCCAGCCACGUGUACCAAAUAUCGCUAUCCGUACCAUCUCGUGCGCCGCUUGAAAGCAUCACGCUCCCAGACACGUCUUCUACUUCGAACAGACUCCAUAUAUUCGCACUCUCUAUGACACCUUCUUUUGAACCCUCCUGUAGCCUUCUGGUGCCCCAGAUCUCUGUUCGUAGUGCCCAGUUCAGCACGAGGUGGGAGGACGUCAACGGGCAGCGAGCUCAAGCCGUCGCCAUCACCCUUGCGAAUCUACUCCCAGGGAAUUACGCGACCUCUUCGAACGCAUCCAUACACCCGCGGUAUGAAAUCUCAGUAGCAGGCGAGGGGGUCUCCACAGUCACGCCUGGCCUCGUGUAUCGCCUGGCCUCUGCAGACCAGGCUCGCGUAGACGUCCUUGUUCUCAACAAUGAGGGGACGGGAAAUGCGACAGUCACAAUCAAAGAUGAAUUUGGGAAUAUCGUUGGGACUUCCGUGGGCUGGCCCAUCAUCCCGCUGCGGACUGAAUGGACAGCGGAUGCUGAUGUACUGGGCACACGUGAGACGCCCACUUGGUGGAACCAGGCGAAGUAUGGAAUCUUUAUUCACUGGGGUAUUUACAGCGUCCCCGCUUGGGGUCCACCUAGUUCAUAUGCAGAAUGGUAUAACUGGGAUCUCCAUAAUCCUCCGAACUCCAGCUCGAAGACAUGGGUACAUCACCUGGAUACUUAUGGGAAGGAUGUCGUAUACGAUGACUUUAUUGCAAACUUCACGGCGUCUACUUGGAAUCCCAGUGCUUGGUUAGAUCUGUUUACCGAAGCUGGGGCGAAGUACUUUGUUAUUGUUACUAAACAUCACGACGGUUAUGGGUUGUUUGAUACAAAAAAUACCACACACAGAAGUAGUGUACACCUUAACCCACAUCGUGACUUUGUGAAAGAGCUCAUGGACACCGCCAAAUCCGAUUAUCCCGACAUGCAUCGCGGAACGUAUUACUCACUUCCCGAGUGGUUCAAUCCAGACUACUCCAAGUAUGGGUUCGGUUCAUGGCCAGGCAACUUGGCGCACAACGCAUUCAAUACGUCUGAGCUGGAGCCUUAUACUGGAAUAUUGAAUAUAAGCGACUACAUCGAGGAUUUGCAAUACCCCCAGAUACUGUCUUUGGCGCUGGACUAUGACACGGAAAUCAUGUGGUGCGACAUCGGAGGCCCCAAUAAGACGUUGGAUUUUGCUGCACAAUUCUAUAACAAUGCAAUGCAGAAUGGCUAUCAGGUUACCUUGAAUGACCGUUGUGGUGCGGUCCCAGACUUUGACACACCGGAGUAUGCGACGUUCGGUUCCCUGUCUACUCGCAGCUGGGAGACGAGCGAAGGGAUGGACCCGAAUAGUUACGGUUUGAAUACUGCCACCAAUGCGAGCGAGUACAAGAAUGGAACGACCAUCAUCCAAACACUGGUCGAUGUUGUGAGCAAGAAUGGAAACUAUUUACUCGAUGUCGGUCCCACCGCGGAGGGCGACAUCAUUGCACCAAUGGCAGACAACCUCCUCGCUGCUGGCAAAUGGCUGAAGUAUGCAGGUGACUGUGUCUAUGCAACGCGUCCCAAGAUCCGACUGGGAUCAUUUAGGUUCCUCACCACGCCGAAAACAUUUUGCAUCAUCGCAUUCAACAAGCCGAGCGAUGGGCAAUUCACAGUAGAUGCGGGUGGCGCAGCGCUACCAAUUCAAGAGGGAGACAAUAUUGUGCUGCUGGGACCAUCAAGGAAUUCGCAGAGCCUUCAGUGGAACAUUGAUGAGUCGGGUGUCUUGACCGUCGUAGUGCCUCAGGAUCAAGUCGACCAGGUAGAUUAUGCCUGGGCAUUCCAGGUGACAUAUUCCGGGUGA